AUGCAACAGACUGCAAGACGUUGUGUCAAUGAACAAUGGCAACAGCUCAGCGCCUCCAUACAGUCUGCAGGUCUAGGGCCAACACAGAGCAAAACAACCACACUCAAGACCACAGUGGGGAGCUUAGCUAGCGGCAAAGCACCUGGUACCGAUGGCACUCGGCCAGAUCUCAUCAAGUGCUGCACGAAUAAGGGUGACAGGAGCAACUGUAACAACUACAGAGGUAUCUCUCUCCUGAGCAUCAUGGGAAAACUCUACACCCAUGUUGUGUGCCUCCAGAAACUUGCUGGGCGUGUCUACCCUGAGUUACAGUGCGGUUUCCAAGCUGAACGCUCUACAACGGACAUGCUGUUCUCCUUACGUCAACUUCAGGAGAAAUGCAGAGAAAACACAAGCCCCUCUACAUAG